ACGGAACAGUCUUCGGGAACCCGGGAAGCCGGUAUAUUUGUUUUGUGUUUUAACACCGCAGCAAAGUGUUCUCUUGUUCUCAAGUCUUUUAAAAUUCGUUCCGUUGCUGACAUUGCUAAUUAAAUUUAAUUAAAGCCACAAUGUUUGUGUGUUCUCUUCUCUGUUGAUUAAAGGCUAGAUGGAGUUGGAUUGCAACCACCCUAGCGCAGCUGAAAAGAAGUUUCCUCCAAAAGUUCUUACACGAAAACAACCGGUUCCUUUUAAAAAGAAAAAAGUCCUCUGCUAUAACACCAACAGCAACCCCGAUCGAUCCGUAUAAGCGACAGGCGAAAAGAUCAACCAAUCUACCUUCCUACCAACCGGCUGUCGCACACAUUAAUGAAAUGCUAAAAAGAAAAUAAUUUGUGCAAGAAGUUUACCAACAAAAAGUAAAGGUGAAAACAAAAAUCCAAAAAGUGAAGUAAAUGAAAUUAUCAGCAGGCCGGCUGGUUGGUGCCUUACCAACGAGCAACCUCAAUGGCUAAAGCAAAGCAAUAAAAAAUAAAAAUAAUUUGAAGAGCACGAAUGAAGAACCUGCGAUCUACCUUGGCCUGGCGUGUGUGUUUUUUCGUGUGCGUCCGUGUUUUCUUUUUUUUUUGUUUAUUCUUUUUGUUGUCAUUUGUAAGGUAAAAUGGCCAGAAUGAAUUGUUUGUGAUAAAUAUACAACCGAAAUACUGAAAUAAGUGUAAAUUAUUAAAUUUGUUGUUUCGUUUUUAUUGGUGCAACAGCAAAGAGUAUCUGCACAACUGUCAAAUACUAAGAUAUCUAGAUAUCAAUGUCUGCAUACAGUGUCACAUAACCACAAUCAUACACACGCAUACCCGAAUAUAUCUGCAAACACACUACAUAUUAAAUUAGUGGUAUUUUUGUCAUUGUUAUGCGGUUAAAGUGCUCCGCUAUUUAUUGGGCCUAAAUUUAAUUUUGUUUCCCCAAUUACACUAUUUGUUGGUGGAUUUGUUGCUGUCAAAGAACCGACGAGCAACAGAGUGCCAAGGCUGCGCAGCAAGUGUUUAGUGAUGUGCCAGCAAACGAGCAAAGCAAAAACGAUAUGUGAAAUUAAUUGAAUAACAACAAUAAUAAUAAAGCAACAAACAAACAACAACAAAAACGUCGACAAAAGGGAUCCACAUUAAUAAAAAUCUUCAUCAUCAUCACAAUAACUGCCACCAUCGUCAUUAUUAUCUUCUUCGUCAUCACAAGAAUCUACUAAAACUAGUGCCAAGAUCAGUGUCAACGUAGACGUCGACGCCGCAGAGCAAACAUAAGAACGACGACGAUGUUCAGAACGAGUGACAAAAAGGAAUCACAUUAAAGUGGCAGCAAUAGCACAUAUUCAAGCAAGAGCAACAACACAUUGUCACCACAUAACAGCAGCAGCAGCCAACAACAACACCACAACACCAGCCAUUAGAAUUGCGCCAAAGAAAAAUUCUUUUGCAAAGACAGUGAGUGCCGCAGAGCGCAUUGAAUGGAUGUGUGUGUGUUUAUUGUGCCGCGUACUGCACUUGCAUUUACACUAUAAAGAGUAUCUGUUGUUGUUUGGUACACACCCCCACUAUAGAUUUAUUAUUUGUGUGCUCCACACUUGCUCUAUCCCUCUCCGUGGAAUUUAAUCUGAAACACAUGAAUUUUAACAUUUUGUUUGGCUGCUAACAUGAAUCUUCCUCUACUCUCAAACUCAAAAAUGCGGCGCUCUUCGUUGAGUCGCAAUCAUUAUUUUGUCAUUGGCCUAUUUUUGGGUUUAGUCCUGUCAUUCUAUGUGCCUCAAGAUAUUUGGGAACUUGUCCAGCAGGAGGAAUGUCCCCAAGAGGCAGCUGAGAAUAGUUUGAUCGAGAAAUUUGGCCAAGAAUUUGAACCACAUCUAAAUUUGAUUAACAAACCACUGGCAGCAAAGAAAACAGUUAAAAAUGUGAUUCGGCCACGUUACUAUUCCUCCGAAUUGGGCAUACGCGAGAAAAUUUUUAUAGGCGUCAUGACCACGCAAGACAACAUUAACACUUUGGCCACAGCGAUAAAUCGCACUACCGCCCAUCUGGUGAAUAAAAUCAAAUUCUUCAUCAACGCCGAUAACGUUAAGUCAAACUAUAAGCUUAAGAACAUAGUGGGCUUCACCGAUACCCGAGAGAAUCUGCGACCAUUCCAUGUCAUAAAAUACAUUGCCGACAAUUACCUCGAUGAUUACGAUUAUUUUCUAAUCAUCCAAGACAACGUGUAUGUGGAUGCGCGUAAACUGAACGCUAUGCUCUAUCAUAUGAGCAUAACGUUCGAUUUGUAUAUGGGGGCCAAGACGGAGGCCAGCAAUUAUGGCAGUUAUGGGGCCAAUGAUCAGUUGCCGCAGCAGCAACGUUUUAUGGCCGCUGUGGCGGGUGAAAAUGGGGCUGAGCCUGCUGACGGCGUUGCCGCUGGCAGUAAUGAUGAAUUUCGCAUGUUAAGCGAUCGCAAUUAUUGCGAUUUAAAUGCAGGCAUACUUUUGAGCAGCAGUGUUAUUCGAAAAAUGCGCAACAACCUGGAUUGGUGCGUUCGCAAUGGCAUUACCAAUGUGCAUAGCAUCAAUAUUGGACGCUGUGUAAAGUAUUCAAGUAAUUUGCCAGGAUGUCAGGAAGUCUUUCAGGGAAUACGACAGAGGACAUAUGAUUUGAAAUCGAGUGUGAAAUUAUUUAAAGAUUUGAAUCUAUUAACCAAAGAUGAGACAUUCCGCAAUGCCACAACAAUAUAUCCGGUCACAACGACAGAUGAUUUUUAUCGUCUUCAUGCGUACUUUUCAAAGUAUCAUUUAGAAAUCGUUCAACAAAAUAGUGCCGAACUGGAGCUAAAAUCAUAUCGCAUUGCCAAUGGUAGCAUUUCAAAUAAUAUACUGGAAAUACGAUGGCCUCUGGGUGUUCCCUUGGCCAGUGCUCCCGAAACACGACACGAUAUUAUCAUGUGGCAUUACCUCAAUCGCACUCAUAUCUUUUUGCCAAAUGCCGAAAAUAAUGUUGAGCCCCUGGCCGAUAUCGAAGCCAAAGAUCUUGAAAAAAUUCUGGAUAUAACGACACAAUAUGCCAAGCACAAAUUUCCCAACAUGCAAUAUGAGGGCAUACACAGUAUCUAUCGCAGGUUUGAUGCCACGCGAGGCAUGGACUAUCAUGUACAUUUGAUUAUGCGCGAAACGGGAAGAAUAUCAGCGCUAACACAGAAAUCGUCACAAAUUAAAAACUUUCAAAUUGUUAAGCCUCUGGGCCACGUUGAAGUGGUGCCAUCGCCCUAUGUUACAGAAAGUACGAGAAUAGCAAUUUUAGUGCCCACAUUCGAGCACCAGUUGCAAGAGGCCUUGCAAUUCAUAAAUCAGUAUGAGCAAACAUGCAUGCACAAUCAGGAUAACACAUUUUUAUUAAUGAUUUUUAUGUAUCGCCCCGAUUCAGAAAGUAAAGGUGAAAUGGAUCCCUUCAAACUUAUCAAAACUCUCGCCUUGGAUUUAUCUUCGAAAUAUAAAACGGAUGGAUCGCGCAUAGCUUGGGUCUCCAUAAGGCUGCCUGCAGCGUUCAAUGAGCCUUCACCGGCCGAAGAUGUUAUGCUGAAUUCUUUGUAUGGUCGAGACGAAAUUCUGAGCAUAGCAGUAGCUGAUCUUGCCUUACCAAAAAUUGGUCUUGAUAGUUUAGUUUUAAUGGCUUCCAAUUCCAUUUCAUUCAAGCCGGACUUCCUAAAUCGGGUUCGUAUGAACACUAUUCAAGGCUUUCAAAUAUACUCUCCGAUUGGCUUCAUGAUGUACCCUUGCAAAUUGGCUGAGUUUUGCAAGGAAUGUGAUACCUGCGAUGUAAGUCAAAGUACUGGAUAUUUUGACAAAUGGAACUAUGAUAUUAUAUCAUUUUAUAGUCGAGACUAUGUGCAAGCGCGCAAACUAGUCGAAACAUCUGUACCAAUCACACGAUCAGAUCAUGAUAUCGAACAAUUGUUAACACGUGCUGACCGAAGCAUUAACCAUGUGCUGGACAUGUUUGUCUCAUCCCAGCUGUCAGUGCAUAUAUUGCGGGGAGUUGAACCAAAUCUACGUUAUGGCAGUGCCAUUCGAAAUUUAAUCGACAGACGAAAUUAUGAUGAUGGCAUUAAAGCCAUACCAAAAUGUCCACUUGACACUGAAGAUGCGGCGGAAGCUGAAAAUCCCUCCAGCACAAAGAAUAGUCGAAGGAGUGAAGAAGCAACGCAUAAAUGUAUCCACAUGGCUUCGAGGAAGCAAAUUGGCGAUGCCAUUAUACGAUAUGAGGAUAAAAGUAUUAUACACAAAUGAUCACAUCGGCACAGAUAGUGAGAGCGAGAGAGAGAGAGAGUCAAAGGACAUUCGUUAUAUGCUAAAUAUAAUUAUGCUUCUCUACGGAUAUGCCGAUGAGUGUAUACCGCAUCAAGUCUAUGAAUCAGUCAAGUAUUUCCAUUUUAGUGUGUAGAUAGGACAAUUAGUUUUGAUAUUCACAUAUAUGUACAUGUACCUACAUACAUAUCUAAACAAAAGAAACUACAUAAACAUACAUAUUUAUUUGUUGUCAUAUUGUUUUGUACAUAAAAAGAAAUAGAUUUAAUAUAAUUAUGACAAAUACUAUAAGAGGUCUGUGUGUGUGUGUGUGACAACAAUGAUGCAGAAGUAAUAUUGAAAGUUAUAAUUUUGCAAAUAUGAUGUUUUUUUUUGUUUUUAAGUGAAAAUGUGAUUUCAAAAAUAUAUCCCCAUUAGUGAAGAAUUAAGAUAAACUUGUUUCGAUUUUUAAUUAUAGCUUAAUCCCUCCUUGUUAAGUUGAUUUUGUCACAUGCAUACAUUCGAGUGUUGUUUUUAUAUAGAACAUGUAUUUUUAAAAUUGAUACGUAAACCAACGACGAUUUCAAAUGCUCAAAUUAUUUUUUAUAUUCUUAUAUGUGAAAUUGUAUGAUAUUUUAUUCUUAAAUUUUUAUGAGUUACUUACAUGCAUACAAAUGUAGCAGUGUGUAUGUGUAGGUAUAGUUAUCGUUAUGUUAUUUGCCAAAAUCUUGCUUAUGUCUAUUGGAUAAGGAUAAUAAUGUGUUAUACCUAUUUAUAAUAAUGCAAAUAAUUCCUAUAGUUUUUAGUUUUGAGAACCUAUUUUAUAAGUCUUUGCCUUUUUCACGGAAAAGUUGUUUUUGUAAUUAUUUUGCCUCAAUUGAAAAGUUUCAAAACAAUAUGGAAUACCAUUUCCCUUCAUUUAUAUCAAAAUGGAAUAAGAAAAUUUAAGACUUGAAAUUAUUUUUCAACUUGUUAUUGAUUAUAUUCAGCCCAAGCAAGACUUACAAAAUAGGUGGGGAUGCAAAUGUAACCUAAGUCUAUUUUAGAUUAACUGUGCUCCACAAGACCUAUGGUAAGUCCUGUGUUUCUCUACCACUUGUGUAAUGUAAUAUCAGUUAUUCCAUGCUCUUUAAUAAUGCUUUUAAUUUAUUGUGAAUUUAUUUGUUAGCAAAAUUUCCUUUUAAGUUUCCUGUUUUAAUUUAUACAUAUGACAUAUGACUGCCUUAGAUGUUACUACCUCUCUAUUAUCAAGUUUAUUUUCGGUUAAAGAAAAACAACAUAAACACUUAGAAGAUCAGAUCGCGAAUUAAUCAUAGAGUAAUAAGUAUGUAUGUAUUAAAGUCUGCCAAAGGUUUACUACGAGUACUGUUUGUUGAAUGAAUCCUUCACCACUUCGAGUUGAUGAACGAGUUAUAUGCCCAUUCUCUUUCUGUUACAUAUAUGUACAUAAAUAUGUAAACAUACUAAUGAGAUACGAUAUUUAUAUGCCCGUCAAAAUAAUACUAUCUAUGUGCUCUCCUACGUUUCUACUAUGUCAUUUUUAUUUUAUUUUUAAAAUUUGUAAAAGUGGGUAUUGUUAAUUAUAUUAAUUACAAUUGUACAUACAUGCUAUUUAAAUAGAAAGAGAAAAUUGUGUACACAUUUACUAUUGUUAAUUUAUAUACAUAUAUAAU